AUGAUGUUACUAUGGAAACGACUUGUGCUGCUAUCAAUCAUCGGUUGCCUUGCAGCCUGCUAAGAAGAGCUCAUAUUUCGAGGACCAAGAUGGAGAACAGAGCCUAGUGACCUCAUUUUACCCAUCAACUCUCAAGACCAGGAGGCUACUAUCAGAUGUGACGCAGAUGGGAGCCCCACCCCACAGUACAGAUGGUCGCUAAACGGAACGCUCAUUGAUCUGGGGAGUGACUACCGGCGUCACAUGUCUGGGGGCAGCCUGAUCAUUAGCAGUCUGGACAGGGACCAAGACACGGGGAUAUACCAGUGCACUGCCUUUAACACAGUGGGGACCAUCCUCAGUCGCAGAGCCAGCCUGCAAUUUGCAUACCUAGAUAACUUCAAGGCCCAAACAAGGAAUGCUGUCAACGUUCGUGAGGGCCAGGGAGUGGUUCUUUUAUGUGGACCGCCAAUGCAUUCUGGAGAGCUGACUUUUGCAUGGAUCUUCAAUGGAUAUCCAUACUUUGUCCAGCAAGACAGUCGUCGAUUUGUCUCCCAGGAGACGGGAAGUCUUUAUAUAGCGAAAGUGGAGCCUUCUGAUGUGGGCAACUACACAUGUGUGGUCAACAACAGCAUUACUAGGGCGAAGAUCCUCAGCUCUCCUACAUCGCUGGUCCUUAGAAACGAUGGAGCAAUGGGUGAAUACGAACCCAAAAUAGAAGUACAUUUUGCUGACACGGUUCCAGCAGCAAAGGGAUCAGUGGUGAAACUGGAAUGCUUUGCUCUAGGAAACCCUGUCCCAGAAAUAAGCUGGAGGAGAACCAGUGGAGUUCCCUUUCCCAGUAAAGUCAAGAUGAAGAACUCCAACGCUGUACUGGAAAUCCCCAAUUUCCAGCAAGAAGAUACAGGGACGUACGAAUGUAUAGUAGAGAACAGCCGAGGGAAGAAUGCUGCUCGUGGUCGCAUCUCAUUCCAUGCAAAACCCCAUUGGCUUCAAACAGCGACUGACACAUCUCUUUCCAUCGAGGAGAACCUGUUUUGGGAAUGUAAGGCCAAUGGAAAGCCCAAGCCUUCCUUCAGCUGGCUAAAGAAUGGAGAAAAUGUCAUGGCAGAGGGUCGGGUACAAAUGGAAAAUGGAGCUCUCUCCAUAGCAGCUUUAAACCUGUCAGACAACGGGAUGUAUCAGUGUGUGGCUGAAAACAAACAUGGCAUUAUUUAUUCCAGUGCUGAGCUAAUGGUGUUAGCUUCACCUCCUAGUUUCUCUAAGAACCCACUGAGGGCCCUGCUGAAAGCUCGCUCAGGCAGUGAAGUCACCCUCGAGUGCAAGCCCCAAGCCUCGCCUCCAGCAAUUAGCCUGUGGAAGAAAGGCAAUGAUAUACUGCAGAAAACUGAGAGGAUUACUUUACUUCCCAACGGCACUCUGAAGAUUGCCAACGUAUCCAGAAAAGACGCAGGCAGUUACACGUGCAUCGCCAAGAACCAGUUUGGAACUGCCAGCACCACUGGAAGGCUGCUUAUCACAGAGCCUACCAGAAUCACCCUGAGGCCCGCUAACAUGGAGAUCAUUGUUGGCGAGAGCAUUGUGCUACCCUGCCAGAUUGCCUGCGAUCCCUCCCUGGAUGUGUCUUUCUCUUGGGCAUUCAACGGGCAGCUCAUCGACUUCCAGAGGGACGGGGAUCAUUUUGAGAGAGUGGGAGGGAGCAUAUCAGGCGACCUGAUGAUUCGUAACAUUCAGUUGAAUCAUGGAGGAAAGUACAUCUGUGUCGUUGACACUGAUGUGGAGAGCUUGUCUGUUUCAGCCAUCUUGGUUGUGAAAGGUCCCCCCGGCCCCCCGGAUACAGUAGCGGUGGAGGAGAUCACAGAUAGCACGGCCCAGCUCUCCUGGAGCCCAGGCACGGACAAUGGCAGCCCCAUUACUGGAUACAUCAUACAGGCCAGGACUGCCUUCACUGUGGGCUGGCAGGCUGUCGACACAGUGCCUGAGGUUGUCAAUGGCAACACAUUAACUGCCACAGUGGUUGGCCUGAAUGCUUGGGUGGAGUAUGAGUUCAGGGUGGUGGGCAGGAACAGUGUUGGUAUGGGGGAGCCCAGCCCAGCCUCUGCCAAAACCAGGACAGAGGAUGCUAUGCCUGAUACAGCUCCCACUGAUGUUGGAGGAGGAGGUGGCACAAAAUCUGAAUUAGUGAUAACAUGGGAGCCCGUGCCUGAGGAAUUGCAGAACGGAGAGGGAUUUGGUUACAUCAUUGCUUUUCGGCCGCUGGGUGCUGUUACCUGGACAAGAGCGGUGAUCUCCACACCCGGGGUUGCCCGCUACAUCUUCCGGAACGACACCAUCCCGCCCUUCUCCCCAUUCGAUGUGAAGGUUGGGGCCUACAACAACCGUGGGCAGGGUCCUUUCAGUUCCAUUGCCACAGUCUUCUCAGCAGAGGAAGUCCCCAGCGUGGCCCCUAAGAAUGUCUGGGCCAGAAGUGUGUCUGCCACACAAAUAGAGUUUAACUGGGAAGCUUUGCCUGCUACCCCUGAAAGAGUGCUUGGAUAUGAGGUUGUUUACUGGGAAGAUGACACCAAACCUGACACAGUGGGCAAAGUGAGAAUAUCUGGUAACUCCACCGUGGUUAACGUCACAGGCCUGAAAGCCAACACACAGUACUACCUGGCUGUCACGGCUUUUAACACGGCCGGGACGGGACCACAGUCUCCCCCUAUCAACACCACCACCAAGAAACCACCACCAGGACAGCCUCCUGUUAACAUAGAAUGGACGAUGAUUGGCUCUCUUCUCACUCUGCAGUGGGACCCAGUAAUAGCUAUGGAGAUAGAAUCAGAGGUCACCGGAUACUUGGUGUUGCUGAGACGACAACGAUAUAAUGACGUAAACGCAAUCCUAACAAACAAAACCACCAUAGAGCUUACCCUCUCUGCCAAUGACAACUAUCUCAUCCAGAUCAAGGCCCUGAGUGAUGGUGGGGAGGGUGUGGGCAGUGAACCCAUCCACAUCUACAAAUUAAGUAUGGGUGCGAGGGGCUCAGGAGCUUCUCCUCUCAGCCCUCUGUACUUCUCUGCAGUUGUCAUCAGUGCUCUCCUUUGCUGCUCCUGGUAGUCUGGAACCAGAGAGCUCCUACUGGACCCCCCGUCUCUCCUCUUCCAUCAGUUAACCUGCUCUUACUGC